AUGUCUAACAAGACCAUUCAGAUUCAGUUGCCGUCUGAUGUUGAAGAGGUCAAGAAGCGCGACCAAAAGAAGUUCGCGUAUCUUGUUUCCAGGGGGGCCUCUGACGCUGACGAUGUACAGGGACACGGUCGAAAGAAUAUCGCGUAUUCUGUUGCCGAGGACCUCUCUGAUGCCGAAGAUGUCGAGAAGCGCGUCGAGAAGACAUUAGCAUCCAUUGUUUCCGAGGAAUCCCGUGACGUCCAAGGUGUUGUUGAAGUGUCGAGCACCGCACCCAUCCGCCACUUCUGGGCUGUGAUCUACAAAAGCUAA